CUCCUCUCCUCUCCUCCGCCCCUCCCUUCUUCCUCCUCCUCCUCCUCCUUGCCUCGCUGCCGUCCGUGCAGCUCCCCACGCGGCCUCCCCCCCUCCUCUCGUCGGCACCACACGCGCCACCAGAAAAAAAGCGAAGCUCGCUCCCCCCUCCCCCCCUCCCCCGCGCCAAACCCUAACCCUCCUCCGCCCGCCCGGUCGCCUCCCCCAUGCGCCGCCGCCUCGCCGCCGAUCAUGGCCGCCCCUAGGGUUCCCCGGCCCUCGCCAUGGUGAUGCUCCCCGCGCCGUCCCACGAUUCCACCGCGUCGGUCCGCUUGAUUCGCCGGAGCAGGGAGCCACAACGCCGUCGAGGCGCCCUCCGGAGGAGAUCGUCGUGAUGUCGAGGUUUAUGCAAUUAGGGAAGAGCGGCAGAGAAAUCGCUCAGGCUGUAUUGGCCAACUCGAAGCCCGGCGGUUCAGGCGCGCAGAGCAUUGGGUCGAGCUUUGCGGCCGGUUUGGCCUGUAAGAGCAGGGCACUCUUGCACCAGGGAGUCCACAAUGGACCGGGCACCUCGCACAUGCUCGGACGAGCAAAGGAGAGCUUACUCUGGAGCCCUGGUGCCAGAAACUUUUCUGUUCUUUCGACCUGUAGCCGGAAUGCAUUUCGCAGCCAGCUUGCUUGGAAGCAACUCAUGGCAAUGGGCUCUCGUGUACCAAAAGCAUCUCCACAAUUUGCUUGGAAGCAACUCAUGUCAACGGGUUCUGCUGUACCAAAAGCAUCUCCGCUUUUAAGCAGAGCUGCUUGUGCUGUUACCCUGACUGCCACUCGAUAUAAGUUAGUUCCUUACCUCCUCGCUUUUGUAGCUGGAGAGUUGAUGCUAGGUGAGAAGAGCUUUGCAGAUGGCGAGUACCUCCCAAUACGAGAGAAUAUUUACUCGCGAGCUCAAGACAGCCGUAUAUAUGUCACCACAUUGAUAUUCUCAGCAGUAGAGAUGGUUAUCAUAAUCCUCAGAUCAAUAUAUCUGGCUUUCUUGUUUACUCCCAGUAUACUGAUGGCACCAUUUGCUGAUACUCUUGGCAGUGAGUAUAGGAAAACAUGGCUCCGUCUUGUGCAUCGUACUUUAGAGAAGGCAGGUCCUGCAUUUAUUAAAUGGGGCCAGUGGGCGGCGACACGCCCUGAUCUAUUUGCAAACGACCUGUGUACCGAGUUGUCAAAGCUACAUACAAAAGCACCGGCUCACAGCUAUGCAUAUACAAAGAAAACCGUCGAGAAGGCUUUUGGUCGAAAGAUAUCUGAAAUUUUUGAGAAUUUUGAAGAAGAGCCUGUAGCGUCUGGAAGUGUUGCUCAAGUGCACCGGGCUGCUUUGAAAUUCCGACAUCCUGGCCAAAAGACGUCAAAGAUUAUAACAGUCGCAGUUAAAGUAAGACAUCCUGGUGUAGGAGACUCAAUACGGAGAGAUUUCAGUAUAAUUAAUGCAGCAGCUAAAGCUUCAAGAUAUAUUCCAGCGUUAAAUUGGCUACGGCUAGAUGAGAGUGUGCAACAAUUUGCUGUCUUCAUGAUGUCUCAAGUUGACCUUGCAAGGGAAGCUGCUCAUUUGAGCCGGUUUAUCUACAACUUCCGCAGGUGGAAAGAUGUGUCAUUUCCGAAACCUCUUUAUCCAUUAGUUCAUCCUGCUGUCUUGGUCGAGACUUACGAGCUUGGGGAGAGUGUCUCACACUAUGUGGAUGACCAUGAUGGAGAGGAACGAGUUAAAAGUGCUCUUGCACAUAUUGGCACUCAUGCACUCUUGAAAAUGCUACUGGUUGAUAAUUUUGUCCAUGCAGACAUGCACCCUGGAAAUAUCCUGGUCCGUAUUGCACAACCAAGAAAUCCGAAUAACACCCUUUUGAAGUCAAGGCCACAUGUGGUAUUCCUCGAUGUAGGAAUGACUGCUGAACUUUCAAGUAAUGACCGUGUGAAUUUGCUGGAGUUUUUCAAGGCUGUUGCACGUCGAGAUGGUCGUACAGCAGCAGAGAGUACGCUAAAGUUGUCAAAACAGCAGAACUGCCCAAAUCCAAAAGUUUUUAUCGAGGAAGUUGAACGAUCAUUUUCCUUCUGGGGUACCCCUGAAGGUGAUGUUAUACACCCUGCCGAUUGUAUGCACCAGUUGCUUGAGCAAGUCCGACGUCAUAAAGUAAACAUUGAUGGGAAUGUUUGCACUGUUAUGGUGACUACAUUAGUUCUUGAGGGCUGGCAGCGCAAGUUGGAUCCAGACUACAAUGUGAUGAAAACACUACAAACAUUACUUUUCAAGGAAGACUGGGCCAAGUCUCUUCAGUACACAAUCGAAGGGCUUAUGGCACCUUAGGAGGAGCACUGGAAUCUUCUCAAUUUUGCUGAUCUGGUUUACGUUCGUGUUCACUUAGAUUUAGAGUUACAGUUUUUGUACUCAUGUUGGCCUGCUCUGUGCUGCAAAAACGGCCAUGCGGAAGUAAUAAUUGCAGCAUUCUUUCGAGCGACUCGAUUCAGGUACACAACCCCUGAAAUCAUAUGCUUGUCAUCAGGCCAAAGGACGGGUCCUUUUGAGCGCCUCCCAAAUUUUUUGUUAAUAGAUAUCACUAGAAGAUGUAGUGAAAGGCCCUUAUCCUGAUGCGCCUUUUUUUUGUAAGCGGAGAGAAUUGUAUCAGUGAAUGAGAAUUCUUUCUUUGUAUACGCGGAGAUACGGUUAAUUGUUUCAAACAAACCUUUCUUGUCUGA